GAUUCAGAGUCUGUUUCCUGUCGGACACCCCUCCACGUCCGCCAAGCCAACAGUGUCCGGUCGGUGAGAACACAAACAAGAUGGCGACCAAGAUUUAACAUAGGAAAUAUUUUUUAUCGGCUCCUCCACAGAUAACAGGGUGGUAAACUCAGAAUCAACAUUUGUCUGUCUGUCUUCGGGAGAGAGAUCUAACUGCCAUCCUGGAAGUCAUCCACCGCCCUGUCCCUCUGCCAUUCGACUGGACUGUUGUGAAGACUUCCUCUACCAUCAUGUCUACCGCUGCAGUAGCAGACAGAGGUUCCGUCCGUCCAGUCAGGGGCCCCGGCGACGGCAUGGAGACAGACAAGCCCCCAGUCGCUAAGGAGAUCGGUGCCAUGGAUACGCCUCUGUCUUCGGUGCCACUACUUAAGGUAGCUAGUCCCAAACAAAGCCCCAAGAAGACGCACCCUGCCCCCGCCAGCCUCCAGCACAGCCCCCACUCCACCCCCCAGCAGAGUCCCAGAGCCACCCCGUCUGCCCCCCAGCCCCACGGUGUGCUCCACCUGGGGAAGGUUCCCCGGGAGGCCUGCAUGGUGGUGGAGGCGGUGAGGAUCGUUGUUCCCCGUGCCGCCAUCAGCCGGAGUGGGGGUCAUGUGGGUCCGGCUGAGGAGAAAGGAGAGGCCUGGGCUGGGCAGCAGAUGGAGGAGCGGCCCCCCUCUCCCUCCCCUCCUCUGGAGGACCUGAGAGGAGCCAUGGAGAAGCUGCAGAACUCAGAGAGAAGACUGCUGCAGGACAAGGAGGGGCUCCUCAACCAGCUCCACGUGCAGACUGAGGUGAACAGAGAGUUGAAGAAGCUGCUGGUAGCCUCUGUAGGUGAUGACCUGCAGUACCAUUUUGAGCGUUUGGCCAGAGAGAAGAACCAGCUGAUCUUAGAGAACGAGGCUCUGGGUCGCAGCCGGGCCUCCACAGCAGAACAGCUGGAACGCAUGUCUAUACAAUGUGAUGUCUGGAGGAGCAAGUUCCUAGCGUCCAGAGUGAUGGCGGAGGAGCUGACCAAUGCCAGGGUUUCUCUCCAGCACCAGACCAGAGAGGCUCAGAGCGCCAUCACAGACCUGCUGAGUGAGAGAGACGAGUUCUCUAGAGACAUGAUGCUAACCCACAGGUCUCUGGAGCAGCUGCUGGUCUCUCUCCAGUGGGGUCGACAGCAGACCUACUACCCCAGUGGCCAGCCACUCAGCACGGGAGAACUAGCCCUAGCCAAUCACAAGCUGGCGGACGCCAUCAACUCCCGCCUGCUGGGGAAGGUUGGGCCAGUAGGGAGCAGCAGUGGAGCCGGGCUGGGAAAAGGAAGACAGGCCUCAGAGCUCCCUAACACCUCACACACGCCGGCUGAGAAGAUGGCUGAGAAGGUGUUGAAGAUCCUGGACCCUAUUUCCUGUUCAGACAACGAGGAAGAAACCUCCCCCCUCUCUAUCUCUGACUCCUCCCCCUCGGCCUUCCUGACCAAUAAGAAGAGCAUCGGCCGGUUCCACCCUUACACUCGCUAUGAGAACAUCACCUUCAACUGCUGCGAGCGCUGCAGCGGAGACAUCCUGGUACUCUAGGGGUCAGAGGGCAGGGGUCGUGACCUUUAACCUGGACAGGUCAACGCAGGCCGCUGUGAGGAACACCAGUCGGCUCUCCCUCCGUCGAACCGUCUGGUUUCACAGCGACCUCAGAGCGGGACUUGACUGGAAGCACGGCAGAAGCUGACGAAACAACCGUUGAUUUUAAUUGGCUGAUGUCUCAGUCCGUCACCGUCUCAUAACUCUUAGAACCUCCCACGACAUUGUGGGCUUCAGAACGUGAGCAGAGCAAGUGAUUUAAACAAGGAAGUGAGUUCGGUAUUCCAUCUUAGAAUCAAUUGGGCUUCCCAAAAAUAAUAUGGUCAAAAUUAUAUAGCACGUGUCAAAGUCAUUCCACGGACGGCCGAGUGUCUGUGGGUUUCUGGUCCUUCCUUGUACUUGACUGGUGAAUUGAGGUACCUGAUUAGUAAGCAACUCCCUUCACCUGGUUGUCUAGGUUACUAAUUAGUAAGGAACUCCCCUCACCUGGUUGUCUAGGCUACUAAUUAGUAAGGAACUGCCCUCACCUGGUUGUCUAGGUUACUAAUUAGUAAGGAACUGCCCUCACCUGGUUGUCUAGGUUACUAAUUAGUAAGGAACUGCCCUCACCUGGUUGUCUAGGUUACUAAUUAGUAAGGAACUGCCCUCACCUGGUUGUCUAGGUUACUAAUUAGUAAGGAACUGCCCUCACCUGGUUGUCUAGGCUACUAAUUAGUAAGCAACUUCCCUCACCUGGUUGUCUAGGUUACUAAUUAGUAAGGAACUGCCCUCACCUGGUUGCCUGGGCUACUAAUUAGUAAGCAACUUCCCUCACCUGGUUGUCUAGGUUACUAAUUAGUAAGGAACUGCCCUCACCUGGUUGUCUAGGCUACUAAUUAGUAAGCAACUUCCCUCACCUGGUUGUCUAGGUUACUAAUUAGUAAGGAACUGCCCUCACCUGUUUGCCUAGGUUACUAAUUAGUAAGGAACUGCCCUCACCUGGUUGCCUAGGCUACUAAUUAGUAAGCAACUUCCCUCACCUGGUUGUCUAGGAUACUAAUUAGUAAGGAACUGCCCUCACCUGGUUGUCUAGGCUACUAAUUAGUAAGCAACUUCCCUCACCUGGUUGUCUAGGUUACUAAUUAGUAAGGAACUGCCCUCACCUGGUUGUCUAGGCUACUAAUUAGUAAGCAACUUCCCUCACCUGGUUGUCUAGGUUACUAAUUAGUAAGGAACUGCCCUCACCUGGUUGUCUAGGCUACUAAUUAGUAAGGAACUUCCCUCACCUGGUUGUCUAGGCUACUAAUUAGUAAGGAACUGCCCUCACCUGGUUGUCUAACUCUUUGAGAGAGGUUACACCAGACCUGUCAUUAGACAGUCAUUCAUAAGGGAGGGAGGGAGAAACAUUUUAAGACUGUUGGGACUAGCUUUUAGCUAGUGAGUCAUGACACCCUCAGUGUUAGACAGCAUCUAUUGAGAGAACCCUGCUGAAGACUAGUGAGUCAUGACGUCAUGAUUCCCUCAGUGUUAGAGACAGCAUCUAUUGAGAGAACCCUGCUGAAGACUAGUGAGUCAUGACGUCAUGAUGCCCUCAGUGUUAGACUGCAUCUAUUGAGAGAACCCUGCUGAAGACUAGUGAGUCAUGACGUCAUGAUGCCCUCAGUGUUAGACAGCAUCUAUUGAGAGAACCCUGCUGAAGACUAGUGAGUCAUGACGUCAUGAUUCCCUCAGUGUUAGAGACAGCAUCUAUUGAGAGAACCCUGCUGAAGACUAGUGAGUCAUGACGCCCUCAGUGUUAGACUGCAUCUAUUGAGAGAACCCUGCUGAAGACUAGUGAGUCAUGACGUCAUGAUUCCCUCAGUGUUAGACAGCAUCUAUUGAGAGAACCCUGCUGAAGACUAGUGAGUCAUGAUGCCCUCAGUGUUAGACAGCAUCUAUUGAGAGAACCCUGCUGAAGACUAGUGAGUCAUGACGUCAUGAUUCCCUCAGUGUUAGACAGCAUCUAUUGAGAGAACCCUGCUGAAGACUAGUGAGUCAUGAUUCCCUCAGUGUUAGACUGCAUCUAUUGAGAGAACCCUGCUGAAGACUAGUGAGUCAUGAUGCCCUCAGUGUUAGACAGCAUCUAUUGAGAGAACCCUGCUGAAGACUAGUGAGUCAUGACGCCCUCAGUGUUAGACAGCAUCUAUUGAGAGAACCCUGCUGAAGACUAGUGAGUCAUGACGUCAUGAUUCCCUCAGUGUUAGACAGCAUCUAUUGAGAGAACCCUGCUGAAGACUAGUGAGUCAUGACGUCAUGAUUCCCUCAGUGUUAGACAGCAUCUAUUGAGAGAACCCUGCUGAAGACUAGUGAGUCAUGACGUCAUGAUUCCCUCAGUGUUAGAGACAGCAUCUAUUGAGAGAACCCUGCUGAAGACUAGUGAGUCAUGACACCCUCAGUGUUAGACAGCAUCUAUUGAGAGAACCCUGCUGAAGACUAGUGAGUCAUGACGUCAUGAUUCCCUCAGUGUUAGACAGCAUCUAUUGAGAGAACCCUGCUGAAGACUAGUGAGUCAUGACGUCAUGAUUCCCUCAGUGUUAGAGACAGCAUCUAUUGAGAGAACCCUGCUGAAGACUAGUGAGUCAUGACGUCAUGAUUCCCUCAGUGUUAGACUGCAUCUAUUGAGAGAACCCUGCUGAAGACUAGUGAGUCAUGACGCCCUCAGUGUUAGACUGCAUCUAUUGAGAGAACCCUGCUGAAGACUAGUGAGUCAUGAUUCCCUCAGUGUUAGACUGCAUCUAUUGAGAGAACCCUGCUGAAGACUAGUGAGUCAUGACGUCAUGAUUCCCUCAGUGUUAGACUGCAUCUAUUGAGAGAACCCUGCUGAAGACUAGUGAGUCAUGACGUCAUGAUGCCCUCAGUGUUAGACAGCAUCUAUUGAGAGAACCCUGCUGAAGACUAGUGAGUCAUGACGCCCUCAGUGUUAGACUGCAUCUAUUGAGAGAACCCUGCUGAAGACUAGUGAGUCAUGACGUCAUGAUUCCCUCAGUGUUAGAGACUGCAUCUAUUGAGAGAACCGUGCUGAAGACUAGUGAGUCAUGACGCCCUCAGUGUUAGACUGCAUCUAUUGAGAGAACCCUGCUGAAGACUUGUGAGUCAUGAUUCCCUCAGUGUUAGACAGCAUCUAUUGAGAGAACCCUGCUGAAGACUAGUGAGUCAUGACGCCCUCAGUGUUAGACUGCAUCUAUUGAGAGAACCCUGCUGAAGACUAGUGAGUCAUGAUUCCCUCAGUGUUAGACUGCAUCUAUUGAGAGAACCCUGCUGAAGACUAGUGAGUCAUGACGUCAUGAUUCCCUCAGUGUUAGACUGCAUCUAUUGAGAGAACCCUGCUGAAGACUAGUGAGUCAUGACGUCAUGAUGCCCUCAGUGUUAGACAGCAUCUAUUGAGAGAACCCUGCUGAAGACUAGUGAGUCAUGACGCCCUCAGUGUUAGACUGCAUCUAUUGAGAGAACCCUGCUGAAGACUAGUGAGUCAUGACGUCAUGAUGCCCUCAGUGUUAGAGACUGCAUCUAUUGAGAGAACCCUGCUGAAGACUAGUGAGUCAUGAUGCCCUCAGUGUUAGAGACUGCAUCUAUUGAGAGAACCCUGCUGAAGACUAGUGAGUCAUGACGCCCUCAGUGUUAGACUGCAUCUAUUGAGAGAACCCUGCUGAAGACUAGUGAGUCAUGACGUCAUGAUGCCCUCAGUGUUAGACUGCAUCUAUUGAGAGAACCCUGCUGAAGACUAGUGAGUCAUGACGCCCUCAGUGUUAGACUGCAUCUAUUGAGAGAACCCUGCUGAAGACUAGUGAGUCAUGACGUCAUGAUUCCCUCAGUGUUAGACAGCAUCUAUUGAGAGAACCCUGCUGAAGACUAGUGAGUCAUGAUUCCCUCAGUGUUAGACAGCAUCUAUUGAGAGAACCCUGCUGAAGACUAGUGAGUCAUGAUUCCCUCAGUGUUAGACUGCAUCUAUUGAGAGAACCCUGCUGAAGACUAGUGAGUCAUGACGCCCUCAGUGUUAGACUGCAUCUAUUGAGAGAACCCUGCUGAAGACUAGUGAGUCAUGAUUCCCUCAGUGUUAGACUGCAUCUAUUGAGAGAACCCUGCUGAAGACUAGUGAGUCAUGACGUCAUGACGCCCUCAGUGUUAGACUGCAUCUAUUGAGAGAACCCUGCUGAAGACUAGUGAGUCAUGAUGCCCUCAGUGUUAGACUGCAUCUAUUGAGAGAACCCUGCUGAAGACUAGUGAGUCAUGAUUCCCUCAGUGUUAGACAGCAUCUAUUGAGAGAACCCUGCUGAAGACUAGUGAGUCAUGACGCCCUCAGUGUUAGACUGCAUCUAUUGAGAGAACCCUGCUGAAGACUAGUGAGUCAUGACAUCAUGACGCCCUCAGUGUUAGACUGCAUCUAUUGAGAGAACCCUGCUGAAGACUAGUGAGUCAUGAUGCCCUCAGUGUUAGACUGCAUCUAUUGAGAGAACCCUGCUGAAGACUAGUGAGUAAUGACUUCAUGAUUCUCUCAGUGUUAGAGAAUGCAUCUAUUGAGAGAACCCUGCUGAAGACUAGUGUGUCAUGACGCCCUCAGUGUUAGACUGCAUCUAUUGAGAGAACCCUGCUGAAGACUUGAACUCAGGCUAAGAUGCUAUUUAUCAAAUGAAAUGUCGUGUAUAUAGAAAUGCAUUCCUCAAUGGUGUUAUGAUUGUGAAAGCUUUAUUCAACUUGGCAAGUCAGUUAAGAACAAAUUCUUAUUUACAAAGACGCCCUACAGGGGCAGAACGACUGAUUUUAACCUUGUUCAGCUCGAGGAUUCGAUCCAUCAACCUUUCGGUUACUUGCCCAUCUCUCUAACCACUAGGCUACCUGCCUCCCAAGCAGUAUGAUUGAUUCACCAUCAGGUUUUUUUUUUAUUCUGAGGGUUAUAUUUAUUGAAUUGAUCUGAUGAGUAUUGUAGAUGUGUGGAAACAGGAGAGGCAGGGCUGUGGUCAGAGGAUGUUUCUGACAGACAGAAGGUUGUAGAUGUGUGGAAACAGGAGAGGCAGGGCUGUGGUCAGAGGAUGUUUCUGACAGACAGAAGGUUGUAGAUGUGUGGAAACAGGAGAGGCAGGGCUGUGGUCAGAGGAUGUUUCUGACAGACAGAAGGUUUUUAGUUGAAAGGUAAAAGGUUCCCUACAUAUUCAAGGUGUUUCUGGAUUCUUUGCAGAGGGGAAGUGACCCGAAGAUGUUGCUGUAUCGUCCGUUUGCACUGGGAGGAGGCAGAAAGGCAGCGUUUCUGCUGUCCAGUGAGAUUCGAGCAGAAAUCAUCUGAUACCCAAUGAUAUUAGAUCUAUAUUUGUGUGGAAUACUUCAGGAAGGACCCCUGGACUUUGUCCACAUUUUGUUGUGUUACAGCCUCAAUUUUAAAAUGGAUUAAAUUCAUUGUUUGUCACUGUCCUCAGUACUCUAUAAUGUCAACGUGGAACUAUGUUUUCAGAAAUGUUUACAAAUGAAUAAAAAAUGAAAAGCU